GACAAAGAUGGGAAGAGAAAAGGACCCACCAAACAAAUUUUUAGAACAAGUCGUUGAUCGGUUCAUACCCUCAAGACUUCUUCCCUGUACUUGCCCUCUUUUCUUCUUUUUCUUCUUCUUCUUCUUCCAGUUGGAGCAACCCCCUUCUCUCUGGUCUUCUUGGAAUCUCAGGUACUUACUGAAGUCAGUUUUGAAGUUAACUGAAGUAUUGUCUAGUUACCAUUAAAGAAGUUCAAACAAAACAACUAAUCAAACUUUUCAUUUUGUCUACAAAAAAUGUCCGGUCUUAAGAAACCUACCAUAAAGAAUAAUGUAAAACAAAGCCCAGUUGCUCCAAAAAUUCCUACGGGUUCUAGCUUGAAUCCUUUUGACUCUUAUGAUGAGUUAGACAACACCACCACCCGUAAAACCCAACAUAGAGCUUCUGAAAGCAAUGUCAACCGCCUUUUUGAUGAUAAUGGAGGAAAUAGGGCGUCUUCAUCUGCCGAUUCACUUUCUUCAGCACCAAGAAAUAGAUACAGGAAUAAUUUCCAAGACUCUGGAGGAUUAGAGAACCAGAGUGUCCAAGAAUUAGAAAAUUAUGCUGUGUACAGAUCUGAGGAGACUACAAAAACAGUCAACAAUUGCCUGAAGAUAGCAGAGGAGAUGAGAGAGGAUGCUACCAAGACUUUGGUUGCCUUGCAUCAGCAGGGGGAGCAAAUAACCAGGGCUCACACGGUUGCUGCUGACAUUGAUCAUGAUCUUAGUAGGAGUGAGAAGCUAUUAGGAAGCCUGGGGGGCAUCUUCUCCAAGACUUGGAAGCCGAAGAAGACACCCCCAAUAACAGGGCCUGUGAUGAUAAGAGAUGAUCCGGCUUAUAGAAGAGGUAACCACAUGGAGCAGCGGGAGCGAUUGGGACUGGUCCCUGCAUCCAAAGGACACUCAAAUACACAAACGCCACUGCCUGAACCUACCAAUGCACUGCAGAAAGUUGAGGUAGAGAAGACAAAGCAAGAUGAUGCACUUUCAGAUAUAAGUGAUCUAUUGGGGGAGCUGAAGGGCAUGGCUGUUGACAUGGGAUCUGAAAUUGAUAGGCAAAAUGAAGGCUUGGGUCACGUACAGGACGACAUGGAUGUGCUGAAUACCCGUGUGUUAGACGCCAACCGGAGGGGACGCCAUAUGCUCGGGAAGUAGAGAAGCUCUGGUUGGAUGCAGACUCGAUAUCUGUCAUUGGCUUAUCGCUGCCUUUCUCGCUGCCUUAAAAACUAAACAAUAAAUCUAUUUGGAUAGAAUCUAUCCAGAUAGAAUUAAAACUGAAUGAGCUCUUAAAUUUUUAUUUUAUUUUCCUGAAGAAAUGUCAAGAAAUUAAUUCAAAGUCACCUUUAUCAAGGAACUUAGAUUGAUUGAGAAACACCUGUUUAUCGUA